CAGGCCCAUCCACGUUACCUACAAUGCGCUGCGUCCUGACGCCACCACCAUCAGCAUCUUCCGUCACCUGACAUCAGUGGACGAAUAUCCAACAAACAUGCGCGUCCAAAAGCCUAUCGUGGCCGCUCCCGUGGCCUACAUCCUCGCAAGACGCGCCUCGUCGACACCGCCCGAUGGUCCGCAAUGGCGCUGCGAUUCUGUCUGGAACAUGCUCCGGCCCGUUGCUUCCGACAACCCCCGGGAACAUUUCCCCAGCGAAUGGAGCCUGUGCUAGCGUCACCCGUCCGCUAUGUCCGCCAACUUGGCGUACCCUCUCGCCUCUCCUGACCCAGCGUAAAACCAGGGAAGGAGUCCCUUCCAAGACUCCAAUGCACCUCGCGCAUGGUGGGGACCAGCACCCCCUCGAGCGAUCCUGGACCUGUGGCUGCCCGGAGUUCGGAAUGGGAGCAAAGCAAUACUCUCCGUCCAGUCCAGAAUCUCGUCGGCUAUCCACGUACCCAUGCCCACCCGAUAAAUCCUGCCACAGCGUCGGCGCCCGCACCGUUACAUCAUUAGCUCAGCAUACUCAAGUAAGCCGGGCCAGACUUCGACCCUUCUGUGUGGUUAGGCUUGCGCUGAGCCACCACGAGCCUUGGUGCAGUCCCUCCGUGCCGAGGGCUGUCUUGCCGGACUGCCCGUCUCUAUCUCCUCAUCCCCCGUUUCGAGCCGCCAGGUCUUCCGGCUCCGGGUCUCCAAUGCUCUGUGCCCGGCGACAUGGGCCUCGCCACUGAACCGACGGGAUGGGCGACACCGGAGGAAUGGGCGGCCAACCGCGACAUUAUUGCCAACCUCUACAUCGACGAGAAGCGGAAGCUCAAAGAUGUCAUGCGCAUCAUGCGCGACGAGCAUGGAUUUCAUGCCACGUAAG